AAAUCUUCUAAUAAAAUACUAUUCGAACAUCGACCCGCGCAGCUAUGAGCAAUCUGCAGAUUUAAUUAGUUUAAUCCCCUAUUGAAUAGUUUCUAUGAGAUUAUUUUCACAGGAUCGGGGGAUAUUUUUCCAGGAUAAAUUUAAACAAUUUGUUUUAAUAUCGCAAACAAAAAUUACGAUAUUAAACACUAAUUAAAAAUCGUUAGAGAAAUUAAAGGAUAUGCUUUCAAAUGAAGUUUAUCAACUGCAUCCAUUGAUUUGAGCAAAAUAUAAUCUUUGAAGUACACAUACCUCGAGUAAUACAUACACAUACAUUUGCAAGAUCGUAGGGGAAAAAAUCAAAAACAAAAGAUAGAUAAGAAAUGAAAUUAUUGAUUGCUAAUAUAAACACGUGUCGGGGAAAAAUGUGCUCACGAAAAUUGUUUUUGAUACAUCUGGCUAUUUCUCAUUCGGUCAAUGCCUAGGGAAAGAUGUUAUAAAGUGUUUUAUCGGAAAACUAAUUAACUUUUAAUUGAACGAUUUCUUGGAAAUGACAACACUUCCUAAUGGACAAUUACGUCACCUACUCAACAAACAUCCCCGGGCAGACAAAAAAUUUAGGAAGGCAAAACGGACUUACAUGCGACACAAAACACCCUGUUUAGAGGAGUCUCUUCUAUGAUCGUAUUGCCGUCGUAGCGUUAUGGGUGUAGUUUUGCAAUGAAGCUGCUGGCAAAUACGAAUUGGUGAAAAGCAAUGUAUAGGCAUUUCUUCAGCAUCACGAACGAUGGAACAUUCAAAGAGUACUAGAAAUAAUUGGAUGAAUGAAGGAUGAGAAAUUGCAGCUAUACGACCAGUAAUGGCACUUUCAUUAGUCUUCAAUGCACAGACAACUGUUGUACCGGAAGUGACGUGAACUAUUGUUCCACAACAACGUGUUUAAGCGUUUCCUCCAACGAGGAUAAUUUACCAGUAUUAUUUUGGGGUAUUCUAGGGGGAUUGUUCGGCCUAGGAAUCAUUCUGAUCACCGUUACCUACGUCAUAUGCCGGUUCAGGUCUCCCAAUACCUGUAUGAAAAUUUAUUCUGAUGACGACAUUUUUGACGAAAAUGCGGCGUCACAAAGGCGGCGAUCAUCUUUAUUCAUAACAAAGUACUUCAUGAGACGAGAAAGUGUUUGGAAAUUAAAAACUAGAAGAAAAUCUCAGCUUACUGUGAAAAUACACGGAACACAUUUAAGUCAUGCAAGUACAAGCAAAGCAGACGAUCGAACAAACCCCUUCCCCCAAACUACACUUGUCAAGAACGGAGAUACGAAUGCAAGGUGUGGAGGGGGAGGGUACAAAAAUUGUUCAUCGAUGCUGCCAGAAGUUGCAGGUUGAUUUUCAAAACAUGAAAUACACAUUUCUCUUUGAUAUCCGAGCACUGCAUGGAAUGAUUACGGUCUCCGGGUGGCAGCUUUAAGGACAUUUGGAAUUGCAGAGGCGGAUCCGCAGACGAAGCUACCGUGAAAAUACUUUUGCAGAUCAAUUAUUUAUUGUUAUCAUAUCGUUUUAGACCUAUGUUAUAGAAUCAGUAAAUUGUAAGCUUGAUAACAAAAGUUAUAAUCUGCUUACACUGUGUAUUUCAAUUGUAAAAUACAUGUAUUACAAAUAUCUAAGCACUUGGUAUAUACAUGUACAUGUACAUUUUUGUACACAGUACCAUAAUCUUGGAAAAUCGAUUUUCAGUUGAUGAAGAGUGAUUAGAUUUGUGAAACUAUACCCGACAAAUAUACUUGUUGUUUUGCGUCUUAAUCAAACAUUUCCCGCUCAUAUUGGGACUUGACCAGUUUUAGCUGAUAUAUAAAAAGUGUGAUGUUGCAUGACACCCAAAGACCACAUCACGGAGCGUUCGUUAAAGUGCCAAUGUCUGUCAUAGAUCAGCAACGUAGUUUUAAAGACAGUAAUGCACAGUUUGCGGUGGAAAAAUGUUUUUCACUUUUAAUGAUCAAAAUGUAUUGUCUAAUAUAUUUGAAAAGUUUCACAAAAUCAUUUAAUGUUAUACAAAAUGACAGAAACUCAUUAUAGAGAGUUUAUAUUUU